GUGUCCUUGUGGGGUGCCAAUCGCCUCAUGGAGAUCCGUUGGGUAGAAGGAGAGGGGAAGACAAUGUUUUCGUUGUCUGUACCUGAUAAUGAGGCAAAUAGUACGGUGUCCGAGUGUUUGCUCGGCGAUGACGCAUCCUAUUUUCCCUUCGGAAAGAAUCCAUCCAGUUCAUUCAACUAGAAUAGAAACGAGCCUAGUCAGGGGAAGAGAAAAACCCCAUGACAUGGAAGGCACAUGUCCGAAACUUCAAAGGAAUGGCGGUGAUGCUGGCUGGUGUGAUUGGUCAAGGCCAUCACCGCCACUGUGGCUGGUGAUGUACCGCCACACCCACAGGGAGAUAGUACCAUACCGUACCAUACGCAGGUCUACAAUUCUGGGCUGCAAAUAUUUGCCAUGUACCCGGACUGACGCAUCACGGUUUUUAUAUAGAACAUCAAAUCGGAUCCAAGGAGAAGGGCUGUACGAUAUGACUCCACAAAGAUUGGUGGUGCUACUGAUAAUGAGACCAUUAGAUAGCUGCCCAGAAGGUCGUACAGCCAACCCGCAAUAUGCAGCGUAACCCGAUCAAUGCUGCGCAAUGAUGUUCAGGGGCUCGAAUCAGACUCACUCUUAGUCGAAUUCUGUGGACCACACUGACGGAUCGAUUCCAUGCCCUUGAAGAUUAAUCUGCAGCUUCCCACUGAUCGCAACCGUGCCCGGUUUCAAUAGGGACCCCGUUAUCUCACAUAUAGGGCCAGUAUGCCACCCUUUCGAACUUCCUCGACCAUUAAAUUUCUUCGUACCCUGUACCGCACAUCUCACUGAUGGUUUUUGAACCAUGUCUUCAAGCAAGAAUGACGCAUUAAUAGCUCGUUUACUCUGGGAACCCAGGCAGGAGUGUUGUGGCAGAUAUCCAUUCCGCGAGAGAAAAGGUAGGUAA